GAUGGAAAAUGUUUGAUAGUGGGUCCCAACUUCCAAUCUUCUCAAACGCUACUUCUGGAUUUGGUCUCUUUGCUCGAUAGAGGAGAGAGAGAGAGAGAGCGAACAUCGAGCGAGAGUCCAAAAUCCAGAUCGCAUUGACCUCAAAGAAUGGAAGGGCUACCCCUUCAGUUCCCAUGGGAUUCACCUUCCUGAUCCUGUCCAUCUAUGAUUUGUCCCUCAUUUAAUGUAUCUAUCCACAUCUUCUUCACAAUCGUCAAAACACUGACCUGAACAUUCUUGUGCUGUCGUCUUUGCUCGCUGAUAACAGUUUCAUCUAUAAAUCUCACAGCGUCGGUGGAAACCAAAUUUCCAAAAGCAAAAGUGAGAGAGGAAAAUUCGAGAAAAUUGAAUCAAGAUGGCCUGUGAAGGGGAGAAAACUCUGAUUGAGAUACUGGAGGAGUCUACCCCUAUUGAUCUUACCAAAUACAUGAAUUUUGUUCAUAGCCCACAAUCUGGUGCAAUUGCAACCUUCUCUGGUACAACACGCGAUACCUUUGAAGGGAAAACUGUAGUGGAGUUACGUUAUGAAGCAUAUGUACCAAUGGCGAUGCGCCAAAUCAAAUCCAUCUGCACAUCUGCCAGGUCAUUAUGGCAUCUUGACUCCAUCGCUGUUUCUCACCGCUUGGGGCCGGUUGCUGUUGGAGAAACAAGUGUUUUCAUUGCAAUAUCUGCUGUCCAUCGGGCUGAUGCCUUAGAUGCAUGUAAAUAUGUCAUUGAUGAGAUCAAGGCAUCGGUUCCAAUAUGGAAGAAGGAGGUGUAUUCUAAUGGGGAGGUUUGGAAGGAGAAUUUGGAGUUUUUGGAAAGGAGAUCAGAGUUUGGAACUGCAGAGGAUGGUGGUGAAAGUUGUUCUGAUAAACUUAAGGUGGAUGCACAGAAUAUAAAGAGGUGUUGCAGAAGCAAAGUUAAGGUGAGCCACGAGGAAGGCCCUUUGCAUGUUGUCAUGGAUGAUGAAUGUAUUGAUGGGAAUAAAUGAUGAAGAAUAGGCAUUUUAUUUAAACAUUUUUAUUGUUAAUAGUAUGUUUGCUCAAAUUAUCCAUGAAAAAGCAGGUUAUUCUCUGAAAAAACAAAAUGUUGAUGGUGUGCCUUCUGUGUGUGAGCUAUUAUUUCCCCCUUUUUCUUAAUUUUGUAUUUAUUUGCUAGUUUAUUGAUUGAGAGCAUUGUGAAAUUUAGUCCA